ACGUACAAGAUGUGACUGUCUGUAGACGGCUACUUAAAACGGGGAAGUAACAAUUAAAGUUUACAGUAAAAUUUACGAAAGGGUGAUAAUUGGUGCUAUUCACUGGGGAAUAAAAGAUAGAAUUUGAUUUAUCAUUGGAAUGUAGGAGUAACUCCUGUUGUUAACUGAUGGACGAACAACUUUAUAACGUGAAUUGACACUUUCACCUUGAUUUUUAUUUAUUAUGUAAAUAAUGUGGUUUAAACUUCUUUUACCUGAUUAUAUUUAUUGAAAAGAUGUGUAUUCCGUCGAGUGCAAUGAACGCAUGUUUUAUUAUUUAGGAUUUCUUACCCUAACUACAUAACCAAAGGAACUAGUAAUAUCUGUAUAGGAUUGUUAAAAUUCGCUUUUUGAUUCUACAUUCUAUUGUAAACUCAAUUUCACAGGGACUACAAAUUCAUAUUGAUAUAAACAACAAUGAUUGUUCCAUUUUUGAGUGUAAAUUCGUGUUUGACAGCAGUAAACACAUCGGCCUCUUUGAAACUGGAUAUAGUCAUGAUAGUGUUACCUCGUACUUUCUAAGUUUAAAGUACUGUUGAACGAGCUGUAAGAGAACAGAUAAACAGGAUACAAAGGAAAUAAAGAUACGAAAAACUAAAUAAUCGUUAUUGUAACUCUUGAAAACUCCGACCAAAACAUUGUGUGUUUAUUUGUGUUACUGAACUAUGCCAUUAACUGAUUCCGACUGUGCUGCCACCUAUAAGAUUCUAGUAUUAGGGGAUACAACUGUUGGAAAAUCUUCUAUAUUAAGAACUUUAGUGGGGAAAGAUUUCGUGAAUAAGACUCUCCCGACUGUUGGUAUUGACUUUGUUCGAAGAACAUUUGAAGUUGAUGGAGCUCUUGUCAAACUAAAUGUAUGGGAUACUGCUGGUCAACAAAGAUUUCAUUCUGUCACGAGGAAGCAUUAUAGAGGAGUACAGGGUAUAGUAUUGGUUUAUGAUAUCACAGACAGGAAAUCAUUCACACAUUUAUCGUUUUGGGUCGACAGUGUAAAUAAAGGAAUAACAAAUAGUAAGAAUAAAUACGAUACAGUACCGAUCAUAUUAGUGGGAAACAAAUCAGAUUUAGACCAUGGAAGACAAAUAGAGGAGGAAGAAGGGAAACAGCUAGCAACCAAAAUACUGGCGUUUGACUUCAUAGAAACCAGUGCCAAAAAGAAUGAAAAUGUCUUCAUGAUGUUUAAAAGACUUGCUCAGUAUGUUACUGAAACGUUUGAUCCUAAAGUGAUGAAAAGUUAUCAUCCAUACAUGUUACGACCGCCAGAAAUAAUGGAAGAAAAGCGAAAGCAGAAUGAAAAUUCAAAAAAGAAAAAGAAGAAAAAGAAAAAGAAAGAAAAAAGUACAAAACAAGAUAAAAAUAAAUCGAAAAAAGAUAAGUUACUGACAUCUCCAUGUACAGCAACUGAACAUUCAAAUGGUCAUCUCCUAGAAAAUGAAAUCACAAACUGUGAUGAACAUAACCCACAACAAAACGGAAAAAUAAAGAAAAAAUCUCGAGGACUGAAAUUGACAAAGAGAAAACUAAAAAUCAUUAAAACUACAAAUAAAAAUAAAAGGAAAAAGAAGAGAAAGACACUAGGCUUCCUUUGGCGGAAGCUUACUAGGCGAAAACGAGAUAGUUCAAAGAGAGAAAGCGGAAGCAGUACCGAAGACACAUCAAGACAUGAUCAUAGUUGUAUUAUAUUAUGAUAUGUCACAAGCAUUAUCAUACAGUGUUCCAAUCCGAGUCCCCAAACGAAGUUUCGAACAGUUGUUGAGCAAGGAAAGUGCUCUUUUGGUUCUAUGUCGGAGAAAACUGUUUAACAUUUUUUGAUUGAAUGUGUUCAGUAUUAACUUAAUUUUUACAUGGUGGCAUUUAUUUGAAAUAUGGAUUAAAUAUUUAUAUUAAUUGUAUCUGAAAAAACGAUAUCAUAAUUU